UAGAUUACGACGCGUACGCAAGAAAAAAUUCUUUAUAUACUUCUCAGUAUUUGAAAUAGAUUCAUCCAAAAGUUUCCAAUUCAUAUCAAACACUCGACUGAGACACUAUGCAUCCAGUCAGCUUGCUGCAUGACACGUCGAUGGCAAUCUCAGAAUACAUCAGCUACGCAACACUCCUCCCACUCUGUUUCUUGAUUUCCCUUUCAUAUUUGGCGGCGGUGAAAUUCAGCGGCACCGCCAGCUCAAUCAUUCCCCGGGAUUGGGUUCUGGUCGGAAUGCUGCCGGCGCUCCUCCGCAACGCCCACAGAAUCCACGAGUUCGCGACGGAUUUGGUCAAGGAGGGCGGCGGGACGUUUGAGCUUAAAGGUCCGGUCUUUGCGAACAUGGACAUGCUCGUGACCUCGGACCCCGCUAACAUCCACCACAUCCUCAGCAGAAACUUCGCCAACUACCCAAAGGGUCCACAGUUCCGGAGAAUCUUUGACGUUCUCGGCGACGGGAUCUUCAACGUCGAUUCCCACCUCUGGGAGCUUCACCGGAAAACCACCAUCGCCUUCCUCACCCACUCCCGCUUCAGGACCCUCCUAGAGAAAAACGUGUGGGGUAAGGUGGAAAAUGGGUUGCUGCCCGUUCUUGAUUCUUUUGCCGGGAGUGGGGCCCACUUUGAUCUUCAGGACAUUUUCCAGAGGUUCACGUUCGACUCCAUAGCCACCCUCCUUCUCCAGGAAGACCCCGGAAGCUUGACCGUUGACCUUCCCUACGUUCCCUGCGAGAAGGCCUUCAACCGUGCGGUGGACGCCCUCCUCUACCGGCAUAUUCUGCCGGAGACCGUCUGGAGGGCGCAGAAUUGGCUCGGGCUCGGUAAAGAGAAGAAGCUCAACCAUGCCCGGCGGGAUAUUGAUGAUUUCAUAUUCUCCUGCAUCAGAAUCCGGAGAGAAAAGGAAGAAGAACAGUGCAGAGAAAAUGAUUCGGGCGGUCUCUGUUCCGCCGCUGCCGCCGAUGGGUCUCUGUUCGCCGCAUUCGGGAAAGAAUACGAUGAUCAGUUCCUAAGGGACACUUUCUUUAGCUUAAUAUUCGCCGGCAGGGAUACGACGAGCACCACCCUGACCUGGCUUUUCUACCUUCUCGACCGGAAUCCGACGGUUCAAGAAAAGGUCCGGCGAGAGAUUGAGGAAAAAUUAUACCACAACUCGCCGUCGCCGUCGCCGUUGAAGUGUUUCAAGGUGGAAGACUGCCAGAAACUGGUGUACCUCCACGGAGCUCUGUGCGAAUCGCUCCGGCUAUACCCGCCGGUGGCGCUUGAGCACAAGGUUUCGGCGGGGGACGACGUUCUGCCCAGCGGCCACCGGGUGAAACCCAACACCAGAGUCAUAGUAUCUAUCUACUCGACGGGGAGGAUGGAGUCAGUGUGGGGCGAGGACUGCAUGGAGUUCAGGCCGGAGAGGUGGAUCUCCGACAGAGCCGGCGGCGGGGUCAAGCACGAGCCGUCGUACAAGUUCCCGGCGUUUAACGCCGGACCAAGAACGUGUUUGGGGAAGGAGAUGGCCUUCGUGCAGAUGAAAAUGGUCGCUGCGACCAUCUUACAGCAUUAUAACUUCAGAGUGGUGGAUCCGGAUUCAGUUUCUACCAGUGAUUCCAUUAUCAUUCAAGCUAAGCACGGCCUGAAAGUCCGAUUCAGCCGGCGAAAUUAGCGAGCCCUGCCUAUCUACCUACUUCCCUUUCUUCAAAUAAGUACUUGUACAUUUUUGUCCGUUGCUGCUGUAAUCAACUUCUUGGUACUUUCUUCUUUCAUCACUGGUUUGUUUGUAUUACUACAAAUGUCUAAAAUCCAUCAAUCAUAUAUUCGUCGGUCUUCUUUGAAAAAUAAAAGCAAAUUGUUAUAGGACUGGACGACUGGUAGCUCUUUGUUGCUCUCUCGCGGCAACAGCCCCU